UAAAACCCUAAAACCCUAAUUUAGUUUACUCGAAUCGCCUUCGUCUCCGAUCCGACGAAGUAUCUCGCGAUGAACGUUGACGAUGACGGUGCGGCUGGGGCACUGGCUCCGCCGACGAGAGGUAGGCAUAUCGGGAAGAGAGCUCUAAAGAACAAAAGCGUCACCGUCUCUUUCGAUGAGAAAGAUCUCAAGGAUUUUGUGACUGGGUUUCACAAGAGGAAGAAGAAAAGGAGAAAGGAAGCUCAGAAGCAGCAGGAGGAGUCUUUUAGGCGGAAACGUAUCGAGGCUCGUAAGAAGAGGAAAUUGGAAGAGAUGAUGGUCGCUGGUAAUGCUGAGGAAACUGAAGAGGGAGAAGCUGAGGAGGAGGAUGCAGAGAAUAAAGAGGCAGAGCCUGAUGCUUUAACUUCUGGAACGACAAUGUAUGAUACAGGGGAGCUGAAAGUUACUGUGACAACAAGCGAGAUAUCUCGUGAAGAGGAUGAGCCUGUUCGCAGGGAAAAGACCCAAUCAACAGAAUCUGGUUCUACUGCCAAAGCUUCCACAUCACAGCCGGCGCCUUUGAGGAAGUCCAAACCCGCUAAGCAGAACCGGAGACACAAGUCUAGCACCAAAACUAUGAAGAAAAGGGAUAAGAAGAAACAAGCAAGAGGGAUCAAGAGUACGCGGUAGUAGUUAAAGAGGGAUUUGUGUUGUUUCUUUUGAAAAUUCAGUGUUUUCUGGAGCUUCUGAUUAUGAAAAUUCUCAAGCGUUGAUACGGUUGAAAUUAUCUGUAACAAUCAGAUAAUGUUUUUCUUUUAGUAACAAGAAUAUUUAUCAAUCA